GAACAGUUUCGUGUGAGUGCUUUUCUUAUUACAGGGCAACGAAGGGUAAAUGUGCUGGAAGAAGAAACUAAACUCUCAAGAUGGUGUAUGGGAGUAUUUUAUAAAUAAACUUUCCCUUUUCGUACCGGACUACGUGGCUCGAUUUUCGAAAUAUAUAUGCGUUGUUAACAACGCAAAUGCUAGCACGUCGUGUUCUUCCUCCUCACACAUUCACUGAUCCUGACUUGUGUGCCGUUGUUUUAGAUCUUUUUUGCUUCCAAAUAAACGCAGGUGACACGUGCUACAAUGGUAGCUGUUUAGCCGUGAUUUCUUUUCAAAUUAAGGCAAUUACUUUGUGUUGGGCAAUUCAUUCACAGUGAUAUUUAUUGAUAAUAACAAUUUGUAACUAGGAACUACUUCAGAAACAGUGCUACACACAAUAAUCCCGGUAUACUAAGUAGCAUACUGUUCUGCCGACUUCACUAGACGUUUCUAUCCUGAGGGUUUUGGAAUAUCCAUCGGUCUUGUGACUGUCUGUCAAGGAGGCAAAUCAUUGUUCUGAAUAACUUUUCUCGUGCACAGUUAGCUGUGAAAUAUCUGAAUGAGUGACAUACAAUAGCCUAAGUGUACUACGCGUUGGUAGCGAUCUAUCCCACUUUGUGGAAGUGAGACGUCAUUUAAAAGUUGGACAUAAGUCUGUUCGAAGAAUUGUUCAUUCAUAGUUCCGAGGUUAGACGUAAUGUAUCCAGAGUUUGUAUUAUUCAUUUCCAAACAUCAACAAAUUCCAUGGAUCACCAUUCAUUUGUUAUCCAGAUUGUAGGUAAAAGUUUACUUGGGACCACACUGGUUAGUUUGGAUAUCAGUCACAUUUCAGCAUUGUUACAACUAACUACUAUACCACGUACUUCAACGACAAAUCCUGUCCGGUAUCGCAGGUAUCCUGAAUCUACAUUAUGCAAGAACAACUUAUGAAGGAAACAUUAAAUCAAAUAGCGCUAAAUUUGUGACGCUAGUGAGUUCCGCUUUACCAUAUAUGUGCUUAUAGAGAUAUCAAACAGGUUCUGAUUUUCCCUCAUCAAAUGACUGACAAUAAUCACCCUGACCAUUCAGAAAGUAUACGAGGAACACCCUGGAAUAAUGAAGAUACCUUCCCAGGCUUUGUUUCACCAUUCAGUAUAUUCUCAGAUCGUCCAUCAACUUCUGCAUUCGCUAAUAUUGGACAAAUUGAACCUACACAUCCUCCGAUAGAACAAAAUCAACGGCCAAGAACUUUAGGCGAAACUCUAGGCAUCAGUUUAGAAAUGUCGUCGUCACCAUUUCAUCAAAAUCAAGCACCAUCGUCUACUUCUCCAUUUAAUGAAUUUAAAUUUCCUGCUGAUACUGAAGGAAAAGAUUUGAACUCAAACAUCUUUAGUUCUGAAAGCAAGGAGUCCCCGGACGACAUGGUAGAUCGUGAAUUGGUUAUAUUUCGUCGACCAUCCAAUGUAUCCUCCGGAGAAUCGUUUGUUGACGAUUUACCGGAUGAAUUCUUUGAACACACUGAAGAAGAUAUACGUAAAUUAAUGCGUUCAUAUCGUAAUGAAUGGGUGGAAAAUCAACCUCUUCAAACAUCGACUAUGCGUUCAGAAGCUCGUCAUAAAUCCUAUUCUAAAUAUUGUCGAGCUAUUAUUCAAUUUCACUGGGUUGAUAAUCUUAUUGUUCAAGCAUGUUUCCUUCCUACUGAAAAAGUGUCAGCAUUAUAUAAAUUUAUUCGUGAUCUGCAAAAUUCUACUUGCGAUUUUAAACUAUAUACUACUCCGCCUAAAUUGUUUCUAUCUGAUACAAAUAUUACAUUGAUUGAAGCUGAUUUAGUACCUUUAUCAAAAGUAUUUUAUCAUCCUACUGACAUAUCAGCUGAUAAUGGUAAGUAGUAUAAAUCAUUUAGUGAGUAGUGUAUAAUAUCAUUUACUCUUUUAAAUUAAUUGUUUUUCAAAAAUAUUUAUUUGAACAUAUAAACAUUGGUACAAGGAGGAACCUAAUAGAUAUGCGCCACAUAAAUCACUCGAUAUGUGUGCGGGCUGGGUUAUUGCCCGAGUGCCCAAACCGAAGCAGGUGGUUUUCAUAGGGGGCUACACCUGGAGCCUGUGACCUAAAGGUCUAGUCCACAAGGCAGUGGAGCAACGUCAAGAGAUGCAGUCACAUGGUAGCCGGUGACCAACAAUAGAUUCAUACACCAUUAGUUCAAUCAGGAUACUGGAGACAAUGUGCACCAUUGGUUUAGAGUUGGGAUUUGUCAACUCCCUUAGGUGGACUCUCCGUGUCCACCAACUAGGCUAAAGCGACGGACAUUUGCUUUUCGUCUUAUCAAUUUCGUAAACAACACUCGUGGUGCGAGAAGACAGCGAGUAGAACUUCCCUCGGAGUGGUUGUAUGCACGUGGCCACUUGAGAGCAUUUGUAGAGAGAGAGAGAGAGAGAGCUGACUCUCCCCACUCUCGACCGUACCAGAGCAUUUGGGCGUCUUUUAACUUAAUCCCUGUCAACAAGUCUUAUUUGGCCUAUUUAGCUAGUAUUUAAGUAGGUAAUCAUUAACAGUGUACGUGUGUGUGUAUGUAUGAACGAACAAAUUAUUUGAAAAGAAAGUAGUGUUUAUUCAGCGAUUAUUUUUCUUGGUUGAUAGUUUUUCACUAAAAACCGCAUUUAUUAAUAAUAUUUCCUUAAUGUAAGUUGUAAAACUCCAUGAUCUUCAGUUAAAAGGGGAUUGUAUUUAUAAGGUUUUAUUUAAUUGUUGUUAUUUCGAACUGCAAUUUAUCAAUCUCUAUCGGUGUGUAUACACAUUCGGACCGGAUUCCUCCGUUUUCGCCUCAUUUAUUUGCAAGGUUUAGUAAAGUUAAAGUGUGGCUAGUAGUAAAAUCGAAGAGAUGCGUUUUGCCCUAUGUUGGACUUCAGUGUGAACAUUAACAUUGGAAUACUGGUACACCUAACUGAUUAAUCCCAAAUAAAACGUUAUAUAUGCUGUGGAUUUUAGUACCAAUCACAAUUUAACUCUAUUAAAACUUGUGGUUCGAUGAUUAUAUGGAGACAAUCUGCUUAGGAUACAGAUAUGUCAACAAAAACUGAUAAGAACAACGGGACAUUCUAAAUUCCUACUAAUACCUGCACACUCGGACAAGUUAGUGUUUAUCUGGACUAAGUAGCUCAGUGGAUAACGCGUCAGCGCUUCAAGCGAAAGGUAGUGCGUCCAUUUGUCGUCAUGACCAUUACUUUAGAUGCAGGUACAUUCAGCUUCCAAGUUCUAAAUGGGACGAAUCGAGCGUCAUGAAUUCCACUGUUAGUCACUACCCAAAUGAAUUCAUGAAAUUUAUUUAUGGUUUGAUAAUAUACAUUAAUAACAGAUCUGACAUUUACUUGCCUAUCUAGAUGGUACAAAAAAGUAGUUCGACUAGACUUCUCGGCAGUACAUACAACUAUACUAGGAGUUAAACCUUUAUAUUUUGAAGCGAACGCGUAAGCUUGGUUUUAUGAAGUCAAAACUCAGUUAUUCUAAUUUCUAAUUUCAGUAAAUUCGUAAUUUAGCAUGGUUAUCAUCCAGUGUCACUGUUGCCCUCUCAGUAUUGUUGAACUCCAUCAGUAAUGACUUUUAAAAAUCAAGGAAUUCAUCUAGAAGUUUAACUUGAUGAUCUCUGAUAGAAACUCAACAGUGAACAUACAGCAAAUAGUCAGUAGUUGAGGAUUUUUUCUGCCUCUGGGUCACUUUCUUAAACAUAGAUUCUUUCAUGUUUCCAACAUGUUUAUUGUUUAAUGGAUCAUAAAGAAAUCAAAUCAAAUAUUUGUAAACUGCCAUUUCUUUUAUUUCUAAGUUGUCUUAGGUAGCGGAUGUUCCUUCCAUUAUGAUUGUGUGAUCAUUGUAAAAUGGUAAGGUUAUAUGACCAUCGUCGAUAAUUUCACUCUCCUCAUUUCUUAAACUUAUAACACCAUGUAUUGCAAAUAGUCAUUCACUAACCACUAGUUUACAUCAACUGCAUUUUUUAUUCAGUUUUGGUGAUUGCAUCAUUAAUAGGGUCAACUUAUUCUCAUUCAAUAAAGUCAACUAAUUAAACAGUGAUAUUCUCUUUUGGUUUCAUUAUAUAGUUCUGAGAUCAGAUAUAUUAGAUAAAGCCAGUGAAGAGAAUAUUAUUAAAGCUCAGUCAGUUGUUACUUACUGGAUGAAAAAAUCACCAGCCGACAACUCAAUUCAAAACAGUUCGUCUCAAAGGGAUAUUGACACUCAGAAAAAUUUAAGACGCACUGAUAGACCUGCUUCUAAUUCAUGCAGUGUGCCAAAGUGGCUGAAAUUAAAAAAGUGAAUUCAAUGAACCGCUUUAUUCUGCACAAAGUACAAAUGCUUUGUCUGACGUUCAAUUACCCUCUUUGGAGGGUAUAGGAAAUUCUAGUGUUUUGCACUGUAUUUUGUGAAUUCCGUUUGUUUUUCUUUCCUUUGGAGAGAUGUUUACAGUGUACUUUUUUAUUUUGACAUUAUUGAAAAUAAAUGACUCUUAAUGCA